AUGCAAAUGAGAGACUUGUCACGAGAGCAUAAUCCAAAGCCGAAGGGCACACUCCCAAGUGACAUUAUUGAAAACCCUAAAGGUAAUGUGAGUGGUCCAACUUCUCAUUGCAUGGCAAUCACCACACGAAGCGGGAAGGUACUUCAAGGAGAAAAUGAACAAAUUGUUGGAGUAGAUGAUCUUGAGCAAGAGGCUGAAGCACAAGUUGAAGUGGCGAUUGUUAUUGAAGUUGAAAAGCUCCCAAAAGGAGUAAAAGUCCAAGAAGAAAAUCAUGAAAAGGUUAAGGAAAAUGUGAAAGAGGCACCAAAAGCUCUAGCACAAAUUCCUAGACCUUCCCCUCCGUUCCCUCAAAGACUUGCUAGGAGGGACUUGAUAACCAAGAAAAGAACCACCAAGAAUGAAGUGGUGAAUGUGACUCACCGGGUUAGCUCCAUUAUUGCAACAACCACCGUUGAAAAGAAAGAAGACCCGGGAGCAUUCACCAUUCCAUGCACUAUUGGCUUGCGAGAUUUUGCAAGGGCUCUUUGUGACAAUGGGGCUACCAUUAACUUGAUGCCUCUUGCCAUUUACAAGCAAGCGGGGUUAAGCAUGCCGAGACCUGCAAGCAUGAGGUUGCAAAUGGCCGAUCGUUCAAUCAAAAGACCAGUGGGAAUUAUUGAUGAUGUCCUAGUGAAAGUGGGAAAGUUCCUCCUUCCUACCGAUUUUGUGAUCCUUGACUGUGCCGUUGACAAAGAAAUCCCUAUCAUCUUGGGGAGGCCAUUCCUUGCUACCAGAAGAGCACUUAUGGAUUCACAAUGA